AUGAGUAACCAGCCAUGGCUGGACAGCCUUUCAGACGACUGGGUGUCGUUGCCUGGGACUCCCGCCAGCCCUGCUCCCACCCACUCACCUAUCAACAACCACUCCCGCCGCUCCAGUCUACAGAACACUCCUAGCCGCAUUCCUAUCCCCGCGCGCCGCUCCAUCGAACACUCUCCGUCAUCCGACGCGAAGAAAAAGAUUCCGCGACCGUGCCAUCACAUUAGACGGGAACCCCCAACGCCCAAGACCCCGCGAACCCCAAAAACGCCCUCGAAGCCGAGAUCGCCCUAUCCUAAUAUAAGCCCAAAGCCGACGCCACCCUCUGGGCGUAAGAAGACACCCCUCAUGGACGGAAGAUCGCCUUUGCGAUCGGUCUCUAACGCGUCGAGUCAACCUGGACAGCAAAGCACCGUGCAAAUCAGGCCGAAGAAGGAGAACAGCAAACAGGGAACUCCCGAAUGGCGGAAAAGGUUGGUAAAUGGUGAUAUUCCUUCUGGCGAGCAACCCGACCUGUUUGCGCCAAUCGGGCUGGAGAGUGUCUUCAAACCUCCCUCGCCGGGGUCGCCAUUAGCGGGAAGCACGCCAAUUCCGAGGAUGAACCAGCCCGAUGACGGAUGGAACUUCAGCACCAAUUCUGUGGUAGAAAAUAAAGGGAAAGCUCCAGGACGGACAUCGAGGAGUAGCCGUGGGAGUGUGCGCACGGCAUCGGGGAAGUCUGGGCAGGGUUCGCGUACCAUGGAACGGAACGGAAAACAAACAACCAAAUCGCGAAAUCAAGAGAAAAAACGAUCAGCGCAUCUAUCAGUGCCUGCGACCAACAACCACGACGAACCGACAGACAAUGCACAGAUGCGGUCUGCCAGUGGUUUGGAGGACCUCCGAAACGAGGAUAUCACCCCCAUCACCUUCUCGGGGACAAACACAGUGGAGGGCGAUGGUACGGCUGAAAUAAUCAAGUCCGCGUUGAAGCAAGUUACAAACAAACUAGAGAGACUCAACUUGGCACCAGGGGACCGUCCUGAUUCAAGAGCGAGCGAUAGUGUUUUAUUCGGCCAACCAACGGACAUUGCGGUUGACGCCGUACCUGAGGAUGACUUGUUCGACGUCACCAGCAACUCUCUCCCUCAAGACCUCUCAAUGGGAACAUUGGAUUACCGAGGGCGGAGUGCUUUUGCGAGCCUGCAGGGUGACGACCCGUAUCAGGAUGAGCGCUCCUUCCACAAAGACCAGUUUUCUCCCACGGGCUUCCCUUCCCACCGCCUGACUCCAUUCAUUCGUCCCAGCACGAGAGUCCGAAGCUCGCCGCCUUUCUUCAGCAAGAACAAUGCGCAAAGUGACCCCUUGUCAUUGCCCCGACCUUCGUCCGCUCAUGUCGGAAGCGCAACGAAUAAAAUAAGCAUGUCAUCCGGAAGCCCUCUGAAGCUCUUCGCGAAUCAUGACACAUUCACAAACAACAAACUCCUUCGACGAAUGAGCCAGUUCGAGGAGACACUUGGGGAAGAAUCAGAUGAUGACGAGCCGGUUUCACCAUCCGAGGAAGCUCGCCGCAAGGGGGAGACCCGAACUCUCUUGAACCCUCAAGCAGAAGCACAGGGUGAACGACCGGGCCGAAGGAAUGAUCAUUCACGAACUCGCAACACCCAAACUCCUCACAUCAAUCGCUUUGGGGAAGGUCAGCUCGAUAACUUUGACUUUUCGGACGCAAGCCCUUAUGAAGCGAAUUUCAAUACCGAUUCUCCAGAACCCAACAUUGCUCCACCCGGUCAUUUAUUAUCGGCGGAGGGAAGGGUCUCAAGAGGACACUCGUAUCGGCAUGCCAGUAGUGAAUCUGAAGGACAGGACGCCUUCUCAAGCGGACAGAACGCGGCAACAAGCCGUGAUAUGAAUUCAUUAAAAGAGCGAGAUAUUCGACCAAAACUUAACCCCACGCCCAACAGCCCUGUCAAAGAUCCUACCCCGAAAAGACGACGAACGGUAAUGAAAUUCCACGGCUCUAAAUUGGGCGAGCCAACCAUUGAGGAUAGUGGAGCUACCGAUGAUUUAUCCUUGCUGCAACGAAGCCUGUUGCAGCAUGGCGUUAGAUAUGAUGAUAACGGAGAAGUUCUGUCUGGAUCCGCGGCUCGCCCACGGACACCCACACCUCACGAAACAGGGUCCUUCGAAAGAACCCAUUCUUCACCAAGCAGGCGUUCACAAAAGCCCGAACCUGAGGAUAACUCACCACUGACUCAAAAUGUGCCCAAUGUUAUUGGACGGCAAGGGAAUGAAGAUGUUCGCAAGGGAUCAAUUACUACUCAAGAUUUCCUUAAUGAGGCGACCAAGGUUAUGAAUUUCAUACGAUCUAAAGGCACAACCACGAGUGGGUUGUCGAGGGUGGACGAAACUGACAGCGAGGAGGAUGGUGACAACGGAAGUUACGAAGAGGAGUCAACCCUUGAGGAGUUCUCACGACCUCCUAGUAGGGAGGGCGUUGACUUGCGCAAAUUGCGAGAACCCAAGGAGCCUCCUAACCCACGAAUUCUGAGCCAUUUGAAAAAGUUCCAGGAGCAUGAUGAGAUGGAGUUUGGGGUUAGUGGAUCUGUCAUGUCUUUACAUUUUGAAGAUAAUGAUGCUGCGCGUGGAGACUUCGAUGAACUUCAGCCAGAGCAUCGGAAGCGCAAGCUUCCCGCGCCGCAAAAAACCCAAGAAGAUGACCUUUACGACUUUCUGCGAUUAAACACUGGGGCAUCAGGAAAAAGCUUUAGUGCUCGAUCGAUCAAUACAGGCUCAUCGCAGGGCUCGCACGCAAAAGGUGUCCUGUCUUCAGAUAUCGUUUCCCAUCUUAUACCUGAACAGGUAAAUGGGCUUACCUACGAUCGCCUAAAGCAUCAGUGGGUUAAAGAAGAUGAGAGGAGAUCUCGUAUGACGAAAGAAGGCAAAGAGGGCGACGAAGACCCUUUUAAAGAUAUUCCCGACCUCAGCGUUGACGAGAUGGAAGAGAUGAUGAGGACCGAGAACUCCAGGUCUCCACAAAAUACAAGGCGUUCGUCGCAGGACGGAACACUAGGUCCUCAAAACCCAGAGAGCACAAGGCCUGACCCUAAGCGAUCAGGUCCCGUUUCCGAAAACGGGCCCAAAGUGCCGUCGGUUCAUCUUAGCUCUGUCCAAUCUGGAGUCAGCCGGUCGACCGCUAGCCAUCCUACAUCGGGCACGAGAGAGACAUCCUGGGGUACGGAUGUACCUAAGAGCAGAACGUCUUCCCAUGAUGUUGACCAUGAAAUCAAGCUGCACGAAGGUCGCUUGUCUAGGCCUCCUGAAUAUCCAAGGGACCCCAACCACCAAGCCCGAGUUGUGACAAUUAGCUUUUCGUCCCCUCUUGUCUCCCAGAUCGAAUACAGUGACGAUGAUAGCCCUUCCAAACUUCGAAAAAUUGCGAUUCACUCCCAAGCACAAGCGGCGGCGACAGCAGCAGAGAGCUCCGCACUUCAGUCAUCCGAGCAUGAACAAGCAUUUCGACGGCACUCUAUCUCCAAAAUCGAUGAGCGCAGUGAAGGUACAAAUGAGGAUCAGAGCCUAGUCCGAAGAGAAUCAGAAGAACUUGAACCCACAUCGGGUGAAGUUAAUAUAGAUGAAUCCCUUGCCUACUUGCGAGAGCAUGGAUUGGAUACGAACUAUAGCUUCCAUCUCAGCCCGCUUCCCGACUUUACGGUCGAUCAGAUUGAUCAGCCAUUGCAACUUGAAGUCAGCUAUGUUGCUCAACGGACACAUCCCACUUCGCUUCGCCAGAUUCACGGAACAUUUGCUCUGGCAACGGAGGAUAUGAUCAAGCACAUCACGGAGGCCGAACCAUACGAACCCUUCUGGGAGCAUCUUCGCCGCCUGAUUAUGCGUCGCAAAGGACUCAUUACUCUUCACAAACUUAGCGAAUUCUGUCCUCGCUUGGAGGAGUUGGACGUAUCGGAUAAUGAUAUUGGCCAACUGAGUGGAAUUCCCCCGACGCUGAGGAACCUACGAAUCCAAAAUAACCGCCUCUCUAAUCUUACUGCAUGGGGUCAGUUGGGUAACCUGCAGUACCUCGAUAUCUCGGGAAAUGACUUGGAGAAUCUGGACGCUGUGAAUGGGCUCAUCCACCUGCGUGAACUAGUAGCGGAUAAUAACAGUCUCCGCAAUAUUGAUGGGGUUUUCGGACUCAAUGGACUCUUGAAGCUGAAGCUGAAGAAUAAUCGUUUGAACUCUAUCGAUUUCGAAGGAGCGGAACUAACUCGCCUCGGCGAACUUGACCUGAGCCAUAAUGAGCUAGUGUCCAUUAGCAACAUUCAGAAUCUUCCUGCUUUGUGUCAAUUGGAUCUUAGCUCCAAUCAACUAGACGAGGUGCCAUUUUCCUCGUCCAUAAAUGUGUUGCAGGCUUUGAAGCUCUCGGACAAUCGCCUACAUAAUCUCGAUCUUGGACUUUUCCCAGCGCUUACCCUACUGUAUGUGGACCAGAACUGCUUGUCCACAAUUUCAGGUCUUGGCCGAACUCGGGACUUGGAGGUCCUGUCUGCACGGGAUCAAACAAUCCCUGAUGACGGAUUUUUCGAGUUGGACCUCGGUGCUGUGAAAGAUAUUAGGAAGGUUUUCCUGUCUUCCAACAAGCUCUCACCACUGACCCUCUCGCCGUCUACGCCUCUUUUGAGUGUGCAACUUCUUGACUUGGCAACAUGUCGGUUAGAUGCCCUUCCCGCCGACUUCGCCCUCAAAUUCCCCAACGUCAAAGUCCUCAACCUGAAUUUCAAUUCUUUGGUGGGGAUGAACGAGCUGCUCGGCAUGAAUUGUCUCUCCCGGCUGACUGUUGCUGGUAACUCAAUAUCGCGACUCAGAAGAGUCUGUCAGGUCCUUAGUCGGGUUGGCCGUACAAACAAAUCGAAUGGCUGCUCGCUCCAAAAAGUUGACAUCAGAGGCAACCCCCUCACAGUUAGGUUUUACCCCCCGCCCCUCACUGGGAAUGGCAAACAACAUAUACACAAAUUGAUGGCGAGUGAGAAAACACGUUCUGCGAAUAAUGGUCUGGAUUUGGAUUUGCCUCUCAUGGCGCAGCUUGAACGUGAUGAUCGCCAAUUGUUUAACGCGAACGACGAAUAUGAGGGCAAUAACAAUCUCGAGGACCCUGAAAUCAACGAUCCCUAUACCCUGCCCCCUGCAGAUCCGUUGCUAGACCAAAAGUACCUCGCCAACUUGGACCAGGCGACAAGACUCAAACGUAGAGUCUUCGAGCUUAUGCUCUACGCAGGAACCGAGGGUGCCAUCAAAAUUCUUGAUGGGUUGGAACUCCGGCCCAUCUUGGAACCAGGUUCAGAUAUGAACCUGGCUUGGGCUCGACUCGAACAACUCGGCGUACUCAAAAAGAAGGCAAUCACUGGCUGA